CAGCGAGAGUAACUAUUUUUUGGGAAUGUACAUGUGUUAUAUUUUAGAAAGGAAUGUAAAGCAUUUUAGAAGAGAUCAACAAAUUUUGGAACCCAAAACUUUGACUACAUAUAUCAGCAAAUAGAACUCAUAAGCCUUCAUAAGAUAUAAAAAAAAAGGGAUGCCAGCUGUCUGAUCAAAAAAAAAAAAAAGAUAAAUACAAACGUGCUCAAGUUGAUUGCAAAUGUGAAAUGCAUCGAUUAACAAGUACAGUUGUACAGUCUAACGACCUUAUUAAUAGGAGAUAAUUUGCAUUGAACAUUGGCACCAAGUGAUAAUUAAUAAGAUCACAGUAAUAAUGUCUCAUACUAUUCACUUUCCAUUCCUAACCACUUCUUCUUCUUCUUCUUCCACCCACUCCUCAACCCUAUUGCCCGUUGGUACUAAACACCAUGCAGAAUCAAAAGCUUCCGAACACUUUCAGUACCAGCCUACAAUUUGGGAUUAUAAGCAUUUUGUUGAAUCACCCAAGACUAACAACUCGUGCAAAACAGAUACAGAACUAUUAGUGGAGAAAGAAAAACAAGUGAAGGUUAUGCUUAAGGAGACCUUAAAACCACUAGAAAUGCUUGAGCUAAUCGAUGUCAUUCAAAGUCUCGGAAUGAGUAACCUUUUUGAGGAAGACAUCCACAAAAUCAUAGAGAACAUGCACCAUGACAAUGCCUGGAAUUCGAAAGAUAACUUAUAUGCAACUUCUCUCGGGCUUAAGCUUCUUAGGCAGCAUGGUUUUCAUGAACUUCUAGAUGUUUUUGAUAAAUUUAAAGACGCGAAAGGCGGGUUCAAGGAAUCAAUUAAGCACGAUACUAAGGGAAUGCUGAGUUUAGUUGAAGCAGCACAUCUUGUUUUGGAAGGAGAAAGCAUCCUAACUGAAGCUGUACUCCUGACAAGAAGACAUCUAAUAGACAAUGAAAGCAACAACAACAAUGUUAACAUUAACCUAGCAAAACAAGUCCGUCGCUCCUUGGAGACACCAUUUCAUUGGAGAAUUCAAAGAUUAGAAGCUAGGACUUUCAUCGAGGCAUAUGAAUCUCAAAAUGAUACGAGUCCUCUUCUUCUUGAAUUGGCUAAAUUGAAUUUCAACAUGGUUCAGGCUCAACACAAGAUGGAACUCAACCAUAUAGCAAGGUGUGUGUCUAUUACUUAUAAAUUUGAUGCAUGUUAUCCACUGAUUGCGUGGAACAACAUGGGGAUUGCAGAGAAAAUGAAUUUUGCUAGAGACCGAAUAGUUGAGUGCUUCCUAUCAAGUAUUGGGUUUUGUCGGGAGCCACGAUAUAAACGUUGCAGAGAAUGGCUCACCAAAAUCCUAAGCUUUGCUCUAGUAAUUGACGACAUCUAUGAUUAUUAUGGAUCAUUAGAAGACCUUGAAUUAUUUACCGAUGCUAUUGAAAGGUGGGAUUGCAAAGCCGUGGAAAAACUUCCAUAUUACAUGAAGAUAUGUUUCUUAGCCCUAUAUAACACCGUCAAUGAAAUGGCAUUCAAGAUACUUGUUGAGCAAAAAUUUGACAUUUUACCGCACUUAACAAAAUCGUUGGCCAAUUCGGUGAAGGCAAUGUCAACAGAAACGAAAUGGUGCCAUAAGGGAUACAUGCCAACUUUUGUGGAAUACCAGCACAAUGGCUCGGUUUCAUCUUUCGGAUAUGUGUUUUUGGUGAUUGCCUUUUUUGCUACUAAUCAAAAUAUUAAUGAUAGUGUGUUACAUGCAUUCGAAAACGAUCACCCUCUUCUCUACUCUUCAUGUUUGGUGUGCCGACUUUCGAAUGAUCUUGCAACUUCAUCGGCGGAGCUAAAAAGAGGUGAAGUUGCAUCCUCCAUAUACUGUUAUAUGCAAGAAACAAACGUCUCCGAAAACGAUGCUCGUGAACACAUAAAAGGCUUAAUCAUGGAAACGUGGAAAGAGAUGAACCGAUUCCUGUUUGAUUCAUCUCCUUUUGAUCGUUCAUUCGUCAACUUGGUUCUAAAUUUUGCAAGAACAUCUUUGUUUAUGUACCAAUGCGGCGAUGGGCUUGGGGCAGAGCAUUCAAAGAGCAUAGAGCAUGUUCAGUCUUUGAUAGUUAACCGAAUUCCCAUUGAUGAACCUACCCAUAAAGACUCAUCUUUAUCCGAUGUGCAAUGUUAGGCCGUCCCCUUUUGCGUGUGCGUGUGCCAUUUAUAAAUCAAGAGUUAUAUUUUACAAAGAAAGAGCAUUUGUUUGUUAAAUUCUGUAAAUAGAUGGUUGAUGAUCAAGAUACAAAAGUGUAAGGAUGCUGCUUCGUAUGACAGACCAUACUUGGUAAGCAUCCACUGCGAAAAAUUGCAGCACUAAAGCGUAAGAGCUCUUUUGUAAUUUCUAAAGUCCUGCAAUACCCAUUUAUACAAUAUUAUUAUACAA